CUGCCGCACCACCGAAACGUGCCACACAAUCAUCGGUCCGAGACGCAUUCAUACAUACGAUGUGCGCGAGAAACCAUCGAAUCCGUGUUUCAGACCCGUCCCUCGUCCCUGUUCGUGUCGUGAAAAGCUGAUUGUGAUGUAGUUUCGUAUAUCAGUGUGUCCGCGCUCGCGAAUCUUGUGUCGAAAGGAACGAGGUACGGGGAUAAAGUGAGGUUUAUUUGUCGGGAAAGCAUUCGAAGGACGCGACAUGAGAGUGUACAGGGUGAUUCAAUAAGGACUCCUCAGAGAAUGUGUAAACGUCGGCCAAGCCCUUGCCAUGCGAUGUCGUUGCAGAACCACAGACUUCGACAUUACAGGACCAUGACGGCGAUAUGCUUCGUGUGCAAUCUGCCGAUCCUGUCCCAUCAGGUCGGCCUGGAAUGGCAAGGGGGUAACGGCUGGGAUGAUCUGGUCAGAGAACAGGUCGAAGAGUCGACCUUGAGGCAGCGGCUUGGAACCGGGCGACGCGAUUCUGCGAUACAGAUUACGCCCACGUCGCCUCUGAACGAGCCUCCGGAACCUCAGCCGAACCAGCGUCGCCGACGAUCGAGCUUGGCUCAGCUGACAGACAUCUUUGAGCGCGGUAGCAAACUGUGCCGUCGAGAGACUUUAGCGGACAUCACAAAAUCGUUCCCGUGGUCCAGGCAGACGACCACCGAUGCCAGCCACCUGGAGAGACUGCGUAAGCGACGGGAGAGCUCGGUCGACAGCGGAAUUAGGAGCCAGACUUCCACUAAAUCGAGACGGGACUCGGCCAUCAGCGAGUUGAAGAACGAUUUCGCCAGGCUCUGGGGAAAGAAGGACGCUACACCACAAUCGCAGCCACCGCCGACGGUCAUGUCGCCGACCUAUCGAUGGUCUUCAGAUUCGAGAAGCUCUCGACGUGACUCCGGCGAGAGCGCAAGGACCAAGAGCCAGGGCGAACGCAAGCAUACUUGCAGUUAUCACAGACGCAGACAGUCGCAGCAGUCGGUGGACAGCGGGGGCAGCGGCGUGACGGCAUCGAAAUAUUACAGAAGCAAUCAAAGACCAAGCGCCUCGAGCACAGACAGCGCGGCCAGCAAUGCUGUCAGAGAUCAUCUGGAAGCCCGUAAUUCUAUGGACAAGAGUGACCGAUCAAGCAGCAUCGAGAGCAAACAGCCCACGGUGGAUAAAAUUUUAACACCAACUACAGAUAAAAUUUUAACACCAACAACGACUACGCCUCUAAUCGAACCGAAAACGCCAGUAAUAAUGACCGGCGAGGCAAAAAUAUCGACAUCGACGACGAUCUCAUCGACGACCACCACGGUCACCACGUCGACCACAUUGACCGUCGACAUGAAGAUCACAUCUGAAAAGAAAAAUUUGAACCUGGACGCGUCCAUCAGUCCACCGACCAUCGUGAUGUCAUCGGUGACGCCGCCAAGCGUCUCGCCUACAGCGAUCGCUAACAAUCUUCCUCUUCCUGGUACUUCGACAUCCGGUAGCUCCAGUCCCGUAGGAUCCCCGAAUGUCACUACGCCGUCGCAUCCCAUGGUCGCCACCAGAAGAGAUUCGACCACUCAGUGUUAUCAGAAGGGGAAAGAGGUAUCGCCCAACAAAAUGUUAAGAUUAAUAAGACAAUCAGCUGCCAUAGACGAAUCGAUGCCGCCUGCCCGUCGACGCGAAAGUCAGCCGACGCUAUCACCGGACGCAGACGAUGGAGGACGAAGAGCUCGCAAGGACUCGUUGAGUCCUGAUUCCGCGUCCUCCCCGCGACGGCGUGAUUCGAGGAGCCAUUUGAGCCCGGACAGGGCGGCCGAUAAGAGAGAUAUCAGUCCUAUCAGACAGAGAUCUCAUCCGGUGCGACAAUCAAUGUCGAUGGCUGGUCGCUCGCCACCGAGAUCUCCGGACAGUUCCGCGUGUUCUUCGCGGGACCCGAGUCCCUGCGCCCGUGCUCCUCUAUCGCACGGCAUGACGAGAAGACAAUCUACCACCACCGAGAUCAUGAUAGCGCGUGGCUUCCGACGGCAGAGCACCACCGAGGAAAUGAUACGAUGUAGAAACUUUCGGCGCCAGAGUUCUCAAAGCGAAGAUUCGGUUCAAAGAUAUCGCAAGCGUAGAGACAGUUCGGCACAAAUCACCGACGGAACGUUUGCCACGAUGACUGUCGAGACAACCAAUACUUUUUUCGAUAGCGGCACGCAGACCGAACCAACACCGAUAUACGACAACAAUCACUACCAUGAAGAGUGUCUAAGAUGUAACAGCUGCUCCCUGAAUCUCUCGGGACCCAACCAAAAACGGGCCAGACGGUUCAAGAACCAAAUACUUUGCGAUCUACACUUCGCUGACGUGGCGCUGAUGGAGUGCUCGGACUUCAUGCAGCAGUUGCGCAGCUUCAAACCACAAAGCUUAGGCUGCGCGGUUGCCCGAAGAAAAUCAUCGACUACCUUGAUCUUCCCCCGACCACCCCAAGCUUGUUCAGACGAGUUCUGCAGCGAGUCGCACAAUUUGAUACCUACGCCCGGGUACUGGAUAGAGUGCUCCAGGCAGCAUAUCACAUCAGACUCGACCUUACAUGAAAGCGAGAGCGGGGAGGUAUCGGACUCGGAUCUGGCCGAAGUCCUGGUAGAAUCAGACACCGACGAGUUACCCAGGAAGAAGACAACGAUCGAGGAGCAAUGGGAGAAGAAUCAAGGGUUCGAGCUGACCUCGGUCGAGCAGGAGACCUACGAGAAAUACUUCUACGGGAACGAACACUGGAACUACUUCACCAACGAGGAAGACCUAGGCCCGGUGAUACUCAGCAUCAAACAAGAAACGCUGAACGGUCGGGAUCAGUUUAGGAUUCUCGUCAGAGGCAUCAGCUAUACCGUGCAUGGCCUGAUCCCUGCCAGCUGCGUAUUUGCAGACAGAUACAAUCGCGAGGCUGUGGUUCGCAGCUUAGGCGAAGAAGUAAACGUGAACCCACCGUUAAGAUUAGGUCAGCUACCGGAUACUCCAGACGAAUUGCUGAAACUAGAUCAGGUGUUCAUUAAAUCGGAACUGAAAGUCGGCGUAUUGUACGUUCAAGAGGAACAGCGCACGGAGGAGGAGAUAUUGGAUAACAACGAGAACUCGCCGCUGUUCGAUGAGUUUCUGCAAAUUCUCGGCGACAAGAUACGCCUGAAGGGUUUCGACAAGUACAAGGGCGGCUUGGACACGAUUCACGAUCUCACUGGUCUGUACUCAGUGUACACGAACUGGCGGGGGAUCGAGAUCAUGUACCACGUCUCCACGUUCCUUCCUAACGAGAAACACGAUGUGCAAAGAGUGCAAAAAAAACGGCACAUCGGUAAUGACAUAGUGUGCGUCGUGUUCCUGGAGGCGGACAAUACGCCGUUUAAUCCCGCCUGCAUGAAGUCGCAUUUUCUUUACACGUUCAUUCUGGUCAGAGUCAGUCCACGAAUAAAAAGGAAAGUUACCAGAUAUGAGGUGUCAGUGGCUACGAGGGACGAGGUCGGGGCUUACAAGCCAUACCUGUGGGAACAAAAUGUCUUCAAGAAAGGACCGAUGUUCCGUGAGUGGUUACUGACAAAGAUUGUCAACGGGGAAAGAGCGAGUUACUCUGCACCGAAGUUCGCGAAGAUGCAAGAGAGAACGAGAACUCAAAUGCUGGAGGAUAUCGUGGCUAAUUUGGCUAAUCACGCUGAGACCGGACAAAUACCGAAACCAUAUAGACGUGGCUCUUGGAGACCAAUCGGUCAUAUGAGACCAUGUUCUCCGCUUUUGGACUCAGUUCGUGAUCAAUUCGAGGAUUACGACCAACUUGCCAAGGACUUCACCAGAGUAUUCUUAAAUAAUCAAGAAAAUGCAACGUUAAACUCGAAUCUGUUCGACAUCUCAUUCUUGGUACACGGCCCGCAGAAGCAGAAAGUUCGAUUCUUCGGAGUCAGAGCGAUAUUAGCUGUUAGAAGCAGAGUGUUCCAAGAGAUGCUGUACGGAAUUCAAACGGGUUUCGGGAGUCCUCAAGUGCCGGUGGCCGAACUACUUGCCAGGCCAGCACCUACUCUGGUGAGUCCUCAGAAACCGCGGAGUUCCAACUUUCUUCAAGUUCCUGACGUGGAGAGUCCAAGACCUAAAAGCGUGCCCUCGUCGCCGAUGGUCAAGAGAGCGUUCUCGAGGCUUGGUACAAUCACGGCUGGCUGGGGACGCAGCAUCAGGAAACACGGUGGCGGAAACUCGUUGCAAACCGAGGACAAGAAACGCUGGGCCAGUUCGCAGGAUUGCAGCAAUAAAGAAGCAAAGGAGAAGGAUAAGGUUGUUCUACCAUCGGCAGUGCCGAGGCUGAGCGUUUGUGCCGAUGCGCAGAAAGUUGACAGAACGAAAUUGGAACAAACGGAGUUCGACAUCAUCGAAUUCGAUCCGAAGACGUUCAAGAUCCUACUGAACUAUCUACAAACUGGGUCCUGUCCACUGACUUGUAGCAACAUUCCGGGUCUUAUCUGCGCCGCGGAGCACUACGAUUUACCCGAGCUUUUGCAGGCGUGCUUCCAUCAUGCGAAGCAGUUCCUCCGGAUCGAGGUCGUGUGCGUGAUGCUGUGCGCAUUGGAAAACUACUGCUGGCGUUAUACGUCUGCCUCGGAGUUGGUCAACAUGAUCAUGGCUUUCAUUGAAACCAGAGCCUAUCAGUUGUUCGAAAGUACUGACUUUUUGAUGCUGAGCGAGUCGAUGGUCCAGAUGAUCAUGGGCCGGGGUCUCGAGGUGGGCGAGAUCAAGAAGUUCCAGGCGAUGUACAAAUGGGCGCAAAAUAGGAUCAAAGACCGGAAGUCAAGCAAGAUGGACCCGAAAAAAGAGUUCAAAUUAAUCAUGGAUAGGUUCAGCAAGGAUUUGAAAUUGCACAGGAUAACUCCGCAUGAACUCAUCAGGAUUGUUUUACCAACGAAAGCGAUCAGGAACGAGAGGAUCCUCGAGACCCUGAUGCACCAGGCGAAUUCUGGUAUUUACAGGAACGUCGACAGCUAUUUAGAAGCUUACCAAGAGAAAGUGCAAAAUCAAGAAAGUUUCGAUUGCGGACUGUAAAGGAUUUUACAUUAUCGUGAAUAGUGUACCAAGGCCCUUUUUGCAAAAAUGGAUGGAAUAACGCGUACCUCCAGCGAAAAAUAAGAGCGAGUUAAUAAGUCGUGAAUUUCGCCAGCUACGCGCAGAAUUGAUCCUUCAUUGAAGUAUCGUCGAAGGAUAUUCAAGCCAAGAUCGUGGCAUGAUGAUUUCCUCAGAAAAAUUCUUCACGCUGCCUCUUCCGCAAAAGAUUUUAUUAAAAGAUUGACUGAAAAUCCAAUAAGGAAGGAAUAGCGAUUGUAAAUGAGACGAUUUUAGGAAAUCGAUGAAACAGAAUAUGAUUCAUUUGCCAAGAUAGCAUAAGAGAUUCGUGUUCGAGAGGAUUGGAUUCAAGAUUAAGUACAGGAUAGUUUUUUUUAUUAAAAAAAAAUAAUUCUUAUGUCCUAGGAAAAGAAUGGAAUGUAAUAAGUGAGAACAUGAGGCACGAAAUAAAAAUAAAACGAAUGAUUGUUUUCGUCGAGUAAUUAACAGGGAAGCAAUGAAUUUCGAUGAGAGAGUGAAAGAAAAUGAAUCGGUCGGGAAGCUUUGAACGAAAUACCAGGCUUGCAGGUUCUAUCAAUCGAGCGAGUAAACAAAAUGCACAAAUUUCAUAUUGUUCGAGAAAUAAAAUGAAGGAAAACAUGAUAAGAAAGGCGAACGAUAUUGAAAGUGACUCGGCCACUGGUAGCUACUAUCGGCAAUCUGUCGGGGAAGAAAAUAAAGGAAGGUGGAUAACCGAUUCGUCGAUGGAAUGAAUGAACGAUGGGUUACGAUCGAGAUUGAAGAAAUUUGACGGCAAUGCGAAUGCCCACCAUGACAAUCUUUACCGCAAAAAAAUACGAGAAAACGAAUAAAAAAUCGAAGAAAGAAAUCGCUACUGAUAAUACGAUAAAUUACGGUUAAACUAUUCGCGGUAAACUCGUGUGAAUUUGAUUAUACGUAUGCAUACAUAAAUGUAUGUGUAUAUAUGUACGUAUAUGAAUGAAACUAAUAUAUAAAAUGAUAAUAAUAAAUAUUUAAUAGACGUAACGAUGUAAGAAAAAUAAUAAGAGUAACACGUAAUAGUAAUAAUAACGAGGUAUAAAUAAGGCGUUGAUGUUGAGUGUGAAAUAUUAAACGAAGUUACAUCAAAGAAGAUAAAAAAAACUGAAACAAAAAAUAAAUUCGAAGUCUGUUCUGUUUUCUAUCGUAGUUUUUGUAUCUUCAAUAUAUAUAUUCUAAGGCAGAUAUUCUAAAAUUCACGGGAACAGGCUGGAGAGAUAUACAAGAAUAAUUAUAUAAAAGAUAGAGAAAAAAAAAUCCUUUUUUAAAGAUCAUAGGACUUAUGGCAAAGUAAUUUCCCCAUUCUACUUGUGUACAGAUCGAUGAAAUUUUAAAUCCCGACACGGUACAGAAUGAAAAGAUGAUUCUUUCACAACAAUGAUCCAGAUCGUUCGAUAAGUUCGCCUGGCCUGGCUCCCGAGUUUCAUCGACUGCAUUUUCACAAUAUUAAAGCAAAAAAUGAAAAAAAAAAA